AUGCUUCCAUCCACCUUCUCAGCCAAUCACUACCGUCACUUGCAUCCGUGCGAGGCAGGCUUUCUGUGUAGUCUUCCGGCUGAUUUCAUCUUCAACUUGACUCAGCCCAGAUCCGACUUGCCACUCAUCGGACAGAUCGCUGCGCCUUUGCAGACCAUUUGGGUGCUGUGUCAUGCUCUGCGACCUCUUCAGCUUCAUGGACUUGGCUCUUGGCAGAUCAACUUCGACAGCCCUAAUGAGGUCCUCUUGUCCUACAUCAACACCAAUCUCGAGGUUUGCAAGCAGCUCUGGCCCACAUGUGAGCACCGGCAUCAACAAGAAGUUCACUUUGAGGAGGAUGACACCUCAUUCUCCCUUCUGGUUGAACCUAUGACCUCAGUGCAGCACUUCUUGCACGCACAUCAACAGCUCUUGGGUUGGGCUCACCGCACCACGCUCUACAGAGAUGGCGUUCCACAGCUUCCGAAUGCUCUCCUACGAGGUGGUGCGUAUCAGAUUGUGGUCUCAAGGCCCAAGCACACACGCCCUGCACCCACCGAUCUCAUCUCUGUCAAGUUGCACGAUGGUGUUGCGUCUUACGAAUUUCAUGGUCCUGCAGGCACUCGCCUAUCCACGAUCCUGGAGACGCUUGGUUUUCGUUACAAGCCUGGCAUCGAGUUCUGCAAUCUCUUCCGCAGCUUUCGAUGUGGAGAUGCUCUGUGGCAGAAUGAGCAGGGCGAGGUUCGUGGCGUAGGCAUUGAUGUGCCCACAGCAACGGGGGUUCAUCACUUUGAAGCCUAUGAGGAAUUGCGUCAAAUCCUCCAGGUACUGCCUAAUUCCACUCGGGAAGCCAUUCAGGUCGUUCCUCACCAUAUCGUCCAGUUGAUCCUCAAGCGUCCGGCCAGCUUUGCUUCUAAGCUACUGAUCAACGAGCACAAUGGUCCUUUCACCUGGCUUGUCUUUCCACUGCUGUUCCAAUCGCAUUGGAGUCUCCUGAUCUUGGACUUCGAGCUCUCGGAAUUCUGGUACUACGAUGGACUUCGUGAUUUUCACUUGGAUUCUGUCAUGCAAGUCAUCUCUCUCAUUACGGAGACUUUCAAUCUUGCCUCCUCUCGACUUCAUCAGAGCAAUCCAGUAGAGCAACAUGGUGGCGACCAUUGUGCAGCGAUCCUCCUGCACAACUUUGGCAUCCAUUUCGAUCUCUGGCAGCCCAUGACAGAUGCUGCGCUUCGACAAUGGGCAACAUCGCUUCAAGCGCAAGAAGAACUCCGAGGCUGUGGCCAAACAGAGCAAUCUCAAACACAUGCCUGGCUCUGCAAGUUCCUCACCAUGAAAGGUGUUCCAGAAGCCGAUGCUCCAGCUCGGGCAACUCUGGCCUUGAAAAAGCUUGGUCAAGCACCUGUAGCCAAAGCUAUAUCUCAGGCCAACCCAUGGGCCGCCCUAAAGCAGUUGGCAAACUCACAGCAACGUCCUUUUCAGUGGAUCCAGCAUGAUGAGUUGAUGAAUCACAUCCAGAAGCGAGCCAAGGAGCAUCAUGGUGCCGCACCUAGAUCGUCCAAUAAGCCCUCCAAGAAGCGCGCUGAACCGGCACCUCCAGUGUCUCCCAGUGCACUGGUUCUAGCUCCCAAGGCCUUUGUUGACGAGCACGAUCAGGAGCUUGCUCAGCUUCCCAUUGACAAGAAAACCAUUUCCAUCAACUCGCUUGCCAUGCUCACAACGACAGAAAUUCCCAGUGCCAUGCACGGAAAGCUCACUGUGCAGCACAUGGUUUGGCCAGCGCUCCUGGCCGAUAGCGCCGCCCCCAUUUUGGUGCGGGGCUCCUGCGUACAGUUAGGAGACCACGCUGUCAAAAAGGUUCUUGGACCGGCUCCGAGUCCAGCCUCCUUUGUGCCCGAGCUCUUCAAGCUCCAAGUCUAUCAAGACCAGUGGCCACUUGCCUGGUCAGACUUCACCCUGAGACCUUUGAAGGCCCUGGUCCAGCACUUUGACUGCCUGCAGUUCUGUGAUGGUUCCACUUGCAACAAUGCUUCUUCGUGCAAGCGCUUUCAUCCAGCGGUUGAAGAAGAAAUUGACAUGGUCAUCUUGGAUGCCUUUGGUUGGAAAUGGAGUGAUGCAACUGGAGCAACAGCAAAUUCCAAGAAGGCUGCCUCCUUUGGAAUCAUGGUUCGUGUACCUCCUUCUGCAGCUCCGGCCCUUCUGGCUAUUUCGGCUACUGAUGGCCUUUACACUGAGAUGCGUGAUCCUCUAUCCAAGGGGCCUAGCACAAAGUAUGCAGUGAUCUGGAUCAAAGGUCGGUACUGGCUGAUUGGAGCGGAGACUGCCUUCACUUCGCCCAUUUUGCAGCUUGGAUCAGCGUCUCUCAUCAUCACACCGAUUGCGGCCAUCAAGAGCAGGGAGAAGAUCCACUACAAGUACGCGAUCCUUGGGCUAGUGCACUUCCAGCUGCGCCGACGGCUUCAGCUCAGCCA